AUGCCCCUCGACGCCCUCCCAGAUAAUGUCAUCGCCGGAAUAGCAUCUCACAUCCUCUCCCCCGCGGACCUCGCCUCGUUCGCCAGAGCAACCCGCCACGUCUACAACAUAACAAAACUCCUUCUCACCACCCGCAAAGACGUCCUGCACAAACUCGACCAAACCCUUGUCCAUGCAGUCCAAACAUCCAACGUCCAACUAUGCACGUCGGCCCUCCGCGACGGCGCCAACCCCUCAAUACGGAUGGACCGCCGCAAAACACCACUCAUGUUCGCCGCCGAAUCAGGGCAAACAGAAAUAGUUCAGCUCCUUUUAUCCCAAAAGGGCGUGGACCCCAACCUGGCCGGCCGCCCCGACGGUGCGACGCCGCUCCAUGCCGCCGUGCAGGCAGGCCAACACGAGGUCGUACACAUCCUCCUUGCCACAGAGGGCGUGGACCCUGAUUCCCGCGACAGGAAUGGCCACACGCCACUGAUGCUCGCUAGCUCGUCGCCGUCCGCCGAAACAGCCGAUAUCUUCUUAGACCUAGCGCGUCGGGGCAUAGUCGACCCCAAUGCGAAAACCGAGACUGGCGCGACGGCCCUCCACCGCGCCGCACUGAACGGCCGUGCUGCCGUGGUGCGCCAACUCCUCGACCUCGGCGCUGACCCGGACCCCGUGGACGAGUACUCGCACGCAACGCCGCUGAUCCUUGCGUCGAGGGCGCGGGCCGAGGAAGCUGCUACUUUGCUUCUUGAGCUGGCGCGGCGGGGUCUGGUAGAUCCGCAUCGCGCCGAUAGGGACGGGCAGACGGCGCUGCAUAAGGCUGCGAGGUUUGGGCGGGCGGGCGUUGUCCGGCAGCUGCUUGCUUUGGGGGCUGAUGUGAAUGCGCUUGACUCGCGCAAGGACACGCCGUUGUUGCUUGCUGUUCGGGAGCUUCAGCCCGUUGCUCAGUCAGGGUGGGAUGUUUUCAGCAAUGGGCCGAAUGACUCUCGGCUUUUCCGCCCUGGUGGUGGAGAUAAUGCGAGGCUUGUCGAGGUUGUUGAGAUGUUGCUUGGUACGGGGCGGGUACGGAUUCAUCAUAAGGCUGCUGGGGAGAGCGCGUUGACUGUGGCGGAGAGGAAGGGGAUGGGUGAUAUCGUGGAGAUGUUGAAGGCUGCUGCGCCGCUGGAGGACCAGGAUGACGCUUAUAUGUCGGGGUGUGUGGAGGGUCCGGAUCCGGCUCUUAGGCGGGCGUGUCUGACUCCCUACCUAGUAGCUCGGCAGUAUUCUAAACCAUAG